UAUCCUGUAUGUUUAUUAUUGGAAAAUAAAUAAAUUACUGGAUGAAUAAGGUAAAUAUAAUUUAAAAAAAUGUAAAAACACGAAACCUAAAUUUUAAUAUUACAGAUGUGUAUUUUACUCCUUUUUCUAGAGGCAGAGUCUGCAAGAAAUAAAAUUGCUUCGCUUUUGCUUGAACAUGGAUGCAGUGUCAACAAGCCAAAUACAUAUGGAGAAACACCAUUAACAAAUGUGAUAAAACGAAUGACAGAUCUAGAAGGUACGAACUCCAUGGAAAUCGACCAUUCAGAAACGGCGACCGUUGCAAAAUUUGACCUUUCAUUGUUCAAUAGGUUGAUCUGCAGUGGAGCUAAAAUAGAUCCUGUUGUAAAAACAACCAGGUACUAUGGCUCGAUAUCGACAUUGUCCAAUUUGCUGAGAAAUGGGUUUUUUGGGGCUGCAGCUAGCUUGCUUAAAUGUGGAUAUAACUGCAAAAAUGAUAAGGACUUACAAAACGUGGACUUUUCAAAUCUAGAAAAUUCGAUAAUUUUCGUUAAAGGCAAACCGUACAAAAGAAUUAACUACGAGCAAGAGAAAAACGAAUUUUUAAAUGUUUUGAAGAAACAUGAAGAAAAAGAGGCGAUAUCGCUUUUAUCUUUAUGCAGAACUGCAAUACGAAUGAAGUUAAUUGAUGCUGGACAAGGAGCCGAGAUAGAAUCCAAAAUCAAGGUGCUACCCGUUCCCGGACUAAUCAAAACGUAUUUGACUUUAAGGGAACACAUGCAAGACUUUGAACAAAUGCAGUUAAAGGAAAGGUAUAAAAAUAAAAUUUAAGUUGUACUGUA